AUGAAUCAAUUCAUCUUGGCCUGUGGGAUCUACUUGAUGUUGUUUAGCUGUGUCUACACACUCACUGACCGGGAAAGUUUUUUUCAACAAGGGCUGAUAAACUGGGUUGAGCGUGACACAUUUUCCAACUCUGAGAUUGAAAAUCUUCAUCUAGGAGGACAUUCAACCCAUGAAACUGGCACCAUGCAUGGAAGAUUUAAGGAGUUAGAGAUUUUUGGACCAUUGAAUGGGGCAUUCAAACAUGAAACUCAUGCACAGGCAGCUAGUGCACAGAUGAUAGAAAACAACCCUGGAGAAUGUAUUAAUGAUUGGGAGAUUCUGCAAAAGAUUUUAAAUCUUGCAACAGAAGCUCAAAAAUAUGGUGGAGCUCUCAAGACCAAAGGUGAAAAAUUGAUGAUUGCGGUCAAACAUCUUGAUAAUGGAGUUGACCUCUUCAAGAAUGGAUCUGAGCUGGAAAUGUUUAUCAUCAAUGCACUGGAAGAUUUACAAAGAGAAGAUCUGAAAGUGGAUGAAAGACUGUGGAAUUUAAGUGUUCUUCAAAUACUUCAAUCUUUCUUGCCAAGGGGAGAACUUCAAGCAAUCAGACUUGAUCCAACGACAGGUCCUGUUUCCCGAGGAGGACUGGAGCUUUUCCUAUCAAAAGAUAAUGACUUUAGCAGGCUUUGGAUAGAGGGUGUAUCAAGCGGAAUACUAGACAGCUUCCCUGAGAAUGAUUACAUUAUAGAAAUUCUCAAGCAAGUUGAGUUGAUUGUAAACAUAAGAAAUAAACUCCAGCUCUCUGAAGCACUAUCACCUACCUUGAUAGAAAUAGAUGAUUCCUUGAUUCAAAGAAGCUCUUUAUCCAACCCAGCUAUUGUCAAGUCAUUGACAUUGAAGUCUAUGCAGCACAUGAAUGAAAAGACUACUUCAACUCAAGAAACUCGAUGCUUGUUUCGCAUAUUGCAGCAUCUAUGGACAUUCUUUCCAAAUUCAAGGAGGUGUAUAAAGACCAAUGUGGACGCAAAUCACCAUUUCAAACAGAUUUCAAAGAUAAUCCAAUGCCAAUCUAAAUUAAAGCCUCAUAUUGAACAAUACCUUGAGGGAGGAGAUAUUGAUCCUUACAUGGCAAAUCUUUUUUUGAGUCUUAACAGUUGGAAUCUCUGUCUAGAUUUCCUCAAAGACCGCCUUCAUUUAUUGCAUAUCCAAGACUCUGCAUUGAAAGGGGGACAGGCAGAGACAUAUGGUCUGGAUAUCAAAAAAAAGGAAAAGUAUUUUUUUGAUCAAGAUACUUUCAUUGACUUGAUGGUUAUAGCAAGGACUGAUUAUCCAGAACUUGGAAGAUAUUUGGAUAGUCAGGUGGAAAUGGAUACAAGAUUGGAUCAGCCAAUAAAAGAUAUUAAUCUCUGUCACCAAAGCUGUUGA